GCUCGAGCCCGUGAUAAGGCGUCUAUCUAUGGUUGCUCAGUGAGCGUUUAAGGAAGUGUCAGAAAGCGGAGUUUACAGAACUGAGGUAAACAUGGAUAAACUGCGCCGAGUUCUGAGCGGCCGGGAGGACAACGAGGAGCUGGGUCUGACCGCGCAGGUGCUGGAUUCCUCCACGCUCAGUUACAGCACACGGAUCAAGUGGUUCGUAAUAUGUUUCGCUUCAGGGAUUCUCUGCUCCAUCCUCGGCACUGCACUGCUCUUCCUACCCAAAGGACUGCCGCUGUUUGCAGUAUUCUACACAUUAGGAAACCUUGCAGCUCUGGCUAGCACCUGUUUCCUGAUGGGCCCGCUGAAGCAACUGCAGCGCAUGUUUGAGCCGACCAGACUCAUAGCCACCUGUGUCAUGCUGCUGUGCCUCGUCCUGACAUUAUGUUCAGUCUUUUGGUGGCAUAAAAGAGUGCUGGCCAUCAUCUUCUGCAUUUUACAGUUCUUGGCCAUGACGUGGUACAGCAUUUCAUACAUUCCUUUUGCUCGGGAUGCAGUCAUAAAGUGCUUCACCACCUGUUUGAGUUAAAGCUGCUUCCCUCAGCACCUCAAUGUGACGUCAGCUCGAAAUAUGCAAGACAAGUAUAUAAAUAUGUAUAUGUAAAAUAUUUUAUUCUGAAGAUUUAUUCUGUUUUCUUUUUCUCUGUAUCCAAGCAUUAACCAAACAUACAGCAUUUUGUGAUUUUUAGAUAUUUCAGUUCGCUAAUAUACAUUAACAAAUGAUAGUCAGUAGGGUGAACUGAGGGUGAUUGUGUGACAUUGUUUAAGCUUUUGUGCCAUUACUGGAAAAAAUGAUCUAUUACUGUAGUACUAAAUAUUUUGUGGUUUCACAGUCGGGGUUCAACAAGAUUUGUUUUUUUGUAUCGCUAAACUGUUCCAUUUUACCUGAUCCCAAUCACCUUCAAUUCACUCUAUAAUAAAAAGGUAAAUAACAUUUACCUUUAAUGGAAACAAAUGAUUUUUCUUUUGUUAUCUCUCUUUAAUUUCACUCAAUGUGUGUGUGUGUAUGAUUUGCUGAAUGAACAUUUUGUGCCUUAAAUGAAUAUGUAUUUAAGAAAUUUUCUCAGAUUUUUUUAAAUAGUGUGAUUUUUUGAAAUAAUGGAUAUUAAGAGAGACUGCUGAGCUUGGUGCCUUGUUUUGCUCUAUCACAUGACCUGCAUUUUGUAAUUUGAAAGCAUUAAUGUCUGUUUUUGUUAACAGAAUAUUUGAACUGUGCAAUAAUGAACUGCAGUUCGUCUAAUAAACUCACUCCAACACUUUC